AUGUCUGACCCGGAGGAUCUGCUCUCAGAAUCUCUGCAGACCUUGUACGACUAUACGCCCGUCGCGCACUCGUCGGCUGGGUCCCUCUUCACGUAUCGUUACCCCCACAAUCUUCCAUCACAUCUGUCGGCGAAAGCAGCUGCACCGAUAGAGCUGCAAACGCCUGACACUCAACCAGCCAAUUGGGCGCUGCAUGCAUCAUCAAUAUGGAUGUCAUCUCUAUUCAUCGCGGACCAUCUCGAGGACUUGGGUCUCGAUCGCCACUUACAUCGUGCUCAGGGCUUGCGCGUACCACUACGUAUAUUGGAACUGGGCGCGGGAGCAGGGCUUCCCAGCAUUGUGAUCGCGCGGCUCUAUGAUCGGGUGCAGGUGGUGUCCAGCGACUAUCCCGACGAGGAGCUUAUUCGCACCUUGGCGGACAACAUACAACGCAAUGGAGUACCCGGGAACUGUCGCGUUGUGCCAUAUGCCUGGGGAAGUGACCCCUCUGCUCUUUUCACACCCCAUGGCGCAGAGUCAUCCGAGAUGUCUGGCUUCGACGUGGUGAUCGCUGCAGAUACGCUGUGGAAUCCCGACUUGCACGAUGUCUUCACUCAGACGCUCUGUAUGACACUACGAAGGUCUUCCGAUGCUCGAAUAUACUUGGUCGCCGGAUUGCAUACGGGGAGGUACACAAUUCAGACAUUUUUGCGCACUCUCAUAGGUGCCGGACUCGAAGUCGAGGAAGCGACAGAACGGGAUGUGGGCGGCAGCGGUCGCCGUGCGUGGAACGUUGAGAGGGCGGACGGAGAGACGGAGCAGGACAGAAGACGAUGGGUUAUCUGGAUGGUGUUGAGGUGGUCGUCCGACCGGAUAGCAUGA